GCCACAUCACUUCAACAUCUUAAAUCUUAGAACAUCAUCUUUUCCUAAUUGAAUUAGAGAUGUUUUAUUACUUUGGAACUCAUAUUUUACGCUCAUUUUUAUUAGAAUUCGUAUAAUAAUAUCAAGUGCCCAUGGUUAAAUUCGAUUCCCAAUGGCCGACGCAUCACAGCAGGAUUCCCCGUUGUCGAUCACUGCUAACGUCACCGGGAUUUUAACAUUCAUUGUGGCCAUUAUAGCAGCGGUCUAUGUACGAAUAGAAUAUUACCGCAACAGCGACAAGGAAUAUUUCCAAACCAAAACUUCACUCUCAUGGUACAAAACAGAGUCAGAAUGGCUAGCAGAGCUCAUCAAGUCCGCAGAAGAGCGACCGGACGCCUGUGAACAACCUGGGUACCAGAUGUACACAUUUGUGAUGGACGAUCUGGUCAAACUCGAGCAGCGGCUGCUAGAACUAGUAGAGGAGACAGAGAGCAAGUCUGGAGUCGAACAGAUAGAUGAUACGGGCAGGAAGUGGACAAUUGUGCCAAAGAGUUGGGGCUUUACUAUGGCCGUAGCGGCGGCAUGGUUACCAGUCAGGUCAAAAGCAUUAGACCUUUGCCGCCAGAGAGAUGCACUGACUGCCCGAAUAUCCUUUACGCAAUUAAGCAUGAUCUCUUCGUAAAUGUUACCCCAAGCCGUGCGAAUUAUGUGUAACAUGCUAAUCUGUUCUUUAGGAGAAUUGGUGAGGUUGAACGGAAGAGUAAGGCAAGGGAAGCAGCGGUUGAUAAUAGUUUAAAGAAGUUGGAAGCCAUUGUCGAGGAUCAGAAAGCAGAGAUAUAUCGAUUAGAGGACCUUCUUCGA